CAAAACGUUAUGUACACUUGGACUGGAAAGAUGAAUAACAGGUUCUUGUUUGUUUUCAUAAUUUGAAAAUAAUUUCUUCAGUCGUGUCAGACAUCCCAGACAUCGUGUACAUACAAGUGUGAUAAAACCAUGCAUAGGUCAAGGUAGAUUUGGUACAGCUUUAACAAGAGUCAAAAUUAUCUGUUUGGGGGCCUUAAGAAGCUGGCAGAGUGUGUUUCGCCUAGUCAUGAUUUAUGAGUUGAUAAUACGUUGCGAUCGUUGAGUUCCAUUGCGAUUGCUUAUUCCGGAGGAGUACGUGCAGAGUGACGAAUUGAUUCGGAACUGUUGCACAUCAGUGACCUGACACAGACUCACAAUGCCUCCGAAAGGGUCACUCCUUGUUGAUCAAAAUGGCGGGCCAGCACACGAGGCACCUUCUGGCAUCUGGUCGUCCUGGCGAGAGACGUUGGUGGUUUCGGCAUCGUUCAUGUCAGCGUACACCGCCUACCUCGCCCUGCAGAGUCUACAGAGCAGUCUGAACCAGGAACAGGGACUAGGGGUGGUGUCGCUAGCCUGUCUGUACGGGACAAUCAUCCUUUCCGGCAUCCUCACGCCGCCCUUCAUACGUCUGGUGGGACCCAAGUGGACCCUGGUGGUAGCGUGGGUAUGUCACAGUGUAUACACAGCCAGCAACUUCUACCCCACAUGGUCCACCCUCAUCCCUGCAUCCAUCUUGCUCGGGGCUAUAGCGGGACCUAUGUGGACAGCUCAAGGAUUAUACAUCACCACCAACGGGGAACGUAUUGCCAAAACAACUGGACAGAAACUUCACAGCAUCCUGUCCAAAUUGAACGGUGUCUUCUUCAUGUGUUACGAAUCUACUCAAAUAACAGGCAACCUGAUCUCUUCUCUUGUUCUCAAGCAAGGUUCCUACACAGACACUAAUGUAACACGAUGGUGUGGAGCUGACAACUGCCCAACUGCCGGCAACGGUACGGAGAUAGCUGAGCCAGAACCGCAAAUAGUGUACAUUCUGCUCGGAGUCUUCCUUGUGUGUGAUGUUGUCGGGUUGGCUCUCACGGUGUUUCUUCUGCCGCCUCUUCAUAACACACAUGCAGAGGUCUCCAUACCGGGGGAGAGUACGGAACAGCCAGGGUUGGGGAAGACACUCGUGUCGUGGUGCACAGCUCUGUCCGACCCCAAACUCCUUUGUUUAGUCCCAUUCUUCCUGUCCUGUGCCAUGAGUCAAGGCAUUUUAUUCGCCGAUUUUACAAAGGCCUUCAUCAGUUGUUCUCUUGGUGUCUCGAUGGUUGGCUUCAUCAUGGCUGCGCACGGUGCUAUCACUUCAGUUAUUGCGAUCGUAUCCAGUCAAAUAGCGAAGUACACUGGCCGAUAUGGGUUGUUUGCCAUUGCUUUCACGUGUAACAUAUCAAUGGUCCUGACGUUGCUUCUAUGGAAACCAGACAGUGACAACAUUGCACCUUUCUUCGCCAUUCCGAUAAUAUGGGGAGUAGCGGUCGGAAUAUUCCAUGCCCAAUUUAACUCUCUCGUUGGCAUGCUAUUCCCUGAGAAGAAACCAUCAGCCUUCGCCAACUAUCACACGUGGAACGCCAUCGGUUACACCAUUACUUUCGCCUACGGAGGUGUGCUGUGCGUGCGCACAAAGCUCUAUGUGUGUCUCGGAGCGGUUGUGUUUGGUAUUCUGGGAUAUACAGGAGCGGAAGUACUGUAUGCGAGACAAACACGAGCCUCUCUUUCCCGAGGCAUCACGCAUCCUGGAGACACCGCAAAUGAGAAUGUAACUUUUCUAAGUUCUCACAAAAAACAAGGUGACUUUGUGAAAAUAUACAAAUCAACAACCCAAGGUUAAGGAAAGGAUAAAUUUCAAAUGAAGCACAUAAGAUUAUUUGUCCUUUUCUUUAUUGUAAUUCCAGCGUUAUGAUUAGCUGAAUUGGUCACGUGUUAUUGCAUUCAUUUCCCAAUGAAUGUCAACAAUUAAGCCACGCCCACCGAAGCGGACUACGUUCAUCUCUACGGAACAUAGGGGAAUCCCAAUUUCAGUCGAGGGACUCUUUCUGCUCUCGGGUAUCAUCAUGAGGUUAUCUGUCCUAGUAAUUGUUUAGUUCCAUUUUCGGUUUCAAACAUACCAUAAAACCAAAAAUACCACCGUCUAACACACUCACUUCACAAAUACCGGCAUCGCCUCAUCUCAGUUCCAAAGAUUUUCAUUUCUCAGCAAACUAAUGUUGAAAUCUGGCGGAUACUGACCAUGCCAUUUGAAAGAGCCGCCUUCUCCCUGACCUUUUCAUUCUGAUUGGUAACAGCUGCAGUUCUUCUUCUCGCCUCUUGCCUUGAUUGACAGGUCACAUGAAUUUGUUUGAUGUUACUCUCCGUUGAUUGGAUACUAUGUGGGCGUGCCAAGUUUUGUGCAUAUAUUAAACAAUCACCGGAUUCAUGUCACGAUACAGUAUGUUUUCCAAUGCCUGGAAUGUUUAUCAAACUCCACAUAUGUGUCCUCUUUGAUUUAUUUAAUUGUUAUUGAUUAUAUUAUUGUUUAUAACACAUGUUUUCGUUGUCGAAUAAAUUAAUUGAUUAUU